AAGGGGGUUCCUGCUCCGUCCCUUCUCCACUGUUAACGGAGGCCGGGAGCUCGCCCGAGGAGUUCCCGAGUUGCGGCUGCCUUCGCCCCGGCUGCACCCGUGCCCUCUGCCCCGGUGGUCCGCGUGGCCCUUUGGAGAGGGGCGUUUUCCACAGCCCCCCGCCGCCACCCGCCUUCCCCGAUGCUAGAUACGCUCCGACCCGCCGCUCCUCCUUUCGUGGUGUCGGACAUGGCGCUGUGCAAGACGGUGGCGUGGCUGAACGAGCAGCUGGAGCUGGGCACCGAGCGCCUGCUGCUGAUGGACUGCCGCCCGCAGGAGCUGUACGAGUCGUCGCACAUCGAGUCGGCCAUCAGCGUGGCGCUGCCGGGCAUCAUGCUGCGGCGCCUGCAGAAGGGCAACCUGCCCCUGCGCGCCCUCUUCGCCAGCGGCGAGGAGGAGCGCGAGAAGUUCGCCCGCCGCUGCGGCACCGACACCGUCGUCCUCUACGACGAGAGCAGCAGCGACUGGAACGAGAACACGGCCGGGGACUCCGUCCUGGGGCUGCUCCUCAAGCGCCUCAAAGACGACGGCUGCAAGGCCUUCUUCCUGGAAGGUGGUUUCAGCAAGUUCCAGGCAGAGUAUGCCCUGCAUUGCGAAACUAACUUGGACAGUUCAUGUAGCAGCAGUUCUCCCCCUCUGCCAGUCCUGGGCUUGGGUGGCCUCCGAAUCAGCUCCGACUCCUCUUCAGACAUUGAAUCUGACAUUGACCGAGACCCUAACAGUGCCACCGACUCUGACGGCAGCCCCUUGUCCAAUAACCAGCCUUCUUUCCCGGUAGAGAUCUUGCCCUACCUCUACCUGGGCUGUGCCAAGGAUUCCACCAACUUGGACGUUCUAGAAGAGUUUGGCAUUAAAUACAUCUUGAAUGUCACCCCCAACCUGCCUAAUCUCUUUGAGAAUGCUGGCGAGUUUAAAUACAAGCAGAUCCCCAUCUCUGACCACUGGAGCCAAAACUUGUCUCAGUUUUUCCCUGAGGCCAUCUCUUUUAUAGAUGAAGCUCGUGGGAAGAACUGUGGCGUGCUUGUGCAUUGCCUGGCAGGGAUCAGCCGCUCUGUCACCGUGACGGUCGCCUACCUGAUGCAGAAGCUCAACUUGUCCAUGAACGACGCCUACGACAUUGUCAAGAUGAAGAAAUCCAACAUCUCCCCCAACUUCAACUUCAUGGGCCAGCUGUUGGACUUUGAGAGGACUCUGGGGCUCAACUGCCCCUGUGACAACCGCGUCCCCAGCCAGCAGCUGUAUUUCACCACCCCUUCCAACCAAAACGUCUUCCAGGUGGACUCCCUGCAGUCCACGUGAGCACCAGCCACGUCCCAGCUCUUCCAGCCUUGGGUUGUGUGAUCAUUCCUCCACGAUGCUUCUCUUUGACGGCAGCAAAGGAAUCCAGCUCUCUUUUGUGGAUGCUGCUCUUGAGCAGUAGCCGGCCUGUGUGCUUAAAAAUAAAAAGGUUAACAAAGUUUGGAAUCUGCUAUUGCAAAGGGAGGGAACCAGCCGAGUUCUCCCGGGGGGAAACAACCACCAUAAACUCUUCAGACCUUGCCUCUAGGUAGGCCACGCAUUUUUGCUCGAUGCACAAACCGCCACCUAUACAGUGACUUGGAACUGAGGACUUCCAAACACAGAUAGGGGGGAGGAAGAAUGGACACUAUGAGCACAUGUAAGACUGGGGAAAAUGUAUUCAAUGCAUUUGUAAUAUAUUGUGUUGUCUUCAGUGAAGACUAAUUGUGUGUCCCCUCCCGCCCCCCAAUUUUGAUUUAGAGGAGCCAAAGAGAGGUUUAAGCUCAAAUGUGUUUGGAAUUUUUGUUUGCCAAGAGCUUUGUAAUGCUUGGCUUGGUUGAUGUUAAAAAGUUUUAAAUCCUGAAUCGAUAAGCAACAUCAGUAAAAUGAUAGGUACCAGAGGUCAACUCAAGGGGCGUUCUUUCUCUCUCCAUUCUUCCUUUUGUAUGCAAAGGAUACAUUUUUGCAGCAUGCUUGAUUUUACUGUUGAAAUGAGGCAAACUUGCUUCCUUGUUUAGGGAAUCUCUGUCUAUGCUUUGGGGUUUGUUUACUCGCAUUUUGUGAAUGGAUAAAGUAUCUUUUGUGGUGAUUAUAUAUAUAUAUAUAAUUUUCUUUUGCAGGGGUGUGCCAUCAACAUAGGGUCUCAUUAUGACUUAAUUUGGCCUUACCUUUUGUAAAUAGCCUAGUUUGCAUUUUUCUUUUGGAAGAGAGUUACAUUUUCAGAACAGAAGAUUCUUUUUUCUGUAAAUUAUCAAAUUAAAAACAAAACAAUUUUGUGCUAAGCAGUGCAUUACCUCUGUACAAACUCUUCAGGGAGCUUCACCUCAAAUGCAAUAUCUUGCAUUUAUUUUUGUAUAAAACUGGAAGUGUGUGUGGGUGUGAGCAUGUGUACCUGUGUAAUAUGCAAGAAGGUCUUGCACACAAUUGUCCAUAAGGGAGUGUCUCUGAUUUGCCAGUGUAAAAGUUGGGAUUUUAUUCUAAGAAUGUUGAGAUCAUAAAUUAUUAAUAAAUAACUAUUUUUGGCUA